UGCCGUUCGAGGCGUACACGCGUCGUUAGCAGCAGUGGUUCCGCGCGCGCGCUCCUUAUUCGCCGUUUAUAGGUAGCCCAUGGUGACCCAUGGUUCAGCCAGCGAGCAGCGUGUAGGUGCUCUUUGUGCUUGGAACAAUGUCGACGUUAUGUCGCAUGUUCACUGGUGUGGGUUCAGUUGGUGUCACUGUUAAGGCUGAUGUAAGGCCUUUAUGCUAAAUGUUUGUGUUAACUCAAAUAAAUUGCAUGCUUGGCGGUGAUGAUCGUGGCUCCCAGUGCAUAACACCUGAAGUUCACUCAAAGGAGUCGAAACGAGCGGAUUCGUUGCAGUGUGCUGUAAUACCCAACCCCAAACCAGGCUGCAGCCCAACAGUGCUGUGCCACGGCUAGCCACACGGGCAUAAAUAGUUAAUGUUCAGUGCCUAUUAUUUUGUUCCGCCAAAAGUGAAACGAAGAAUAGGAAGAAGUAUCCGCAUUCAAGCGGGUUGAAGCAAAACGAGUUGCCCAUAGUAGUGAUCUCCUGUGUGUGCCUUUGUAUGUGCUAGUGUAAAGUGAGCUAAAAUAUCUCGAAGGCUACCCGGUCCGGGUACCUCUGCAAAGAGCCAAUAUUGUCCGUCCGUUGGUUGUGAAGUUAAUACGACAAAUGCAACCACCAAUGAAUGGCACAAAUCGUGCUGAAGAGUCGAUACAGCCGAUGAAAUGAAAGUGAAAUUUCAACUGCGCUGCAUAGCAACCUAAAUAGUCGACGAGAGAUAAUUAUUGUGCAUCAACUGCAGAUCAAUCAUCGCACCCUCCACGGCACAGGUAGAAAACUAAUUUCAAGUGAAGCCGAAUAUUCAUACCGAAAACCGCAAAGUGCCGCUACCUAACAAGUGCUGAAAAAAUGUGAACAGCCAUGGCGCUGGGUUUGCCGAACACGUCGACCGUGCCGCGCAAAAGAAGACCCCGCCCGGCCGGGGAAGUGUUCAUAACAUCCUCGUCCCAGCUGUACCUAGUGGAUAGUCGCGAACUAUCGAAAAAACAAACCGUACCAGAAGAAGAACCGUACUACGAGAACACUACCGAACCAGCAUCCGGUAGCAGCAGUGGCAGAAUAACAUUUAGCCUCCCAGCAUCGGUUGACGGGAAUUCUCAGCGCAGGAGAAGACAUCUCAGCGUGGUCCGGGUUCGACAACCUGACUUGACGGACAAAGAACCGACGCCACACGCAGCAAAAGGCAAUAGCCAACAGCGGCGGCCAGAUGUGCCCCCACGGAGAAAAAAUCGAACCGGCACUGGGGCGACCGCUGUGGUAGCAGCGUCCGAUGGGACUGAUAUCAUCGGCACCGAUGGGAAAAGUGACGCGGAUGUCAUCGGUUUCGAGCUGCAAGUCGUAUCCGCUUUUGUCGAUGAUUCCGACCACGUGUACGAGUCACUGGAUUCACACGGACAAUCACGUCAGAGCACCCCUUCAGUAGGUUCCGGUACGCUCAAGCACAGCCGACGAGUGCCACCGCCACCACCAAUCCAAGCCUGCAUUAACGGAGAACCCCUGUCGCCGAACGGUGCUGGUUGGUCAAGUAACAACUACGGCCAUCAUCCCAGACCGUCCGCGGACGACAACUUUCUCAGCAACGAGGAUGACUUUGACUCGUUCGACAGUGACAACGAAAGCGAUGAAGAUCAUCAUCGCAAAAAUGACAGCGGUGUGGACAUCAGCAACGUCAAACUGCCGGAUCCACCGCCACCGAAUGGACAAGUGUAUGCCCUAAUGCAAAAAAUCAAAAGCUUAGGAACGCUCUCCAAGUCGGAAAUUGCCAAAGGACUGAACAAACUUUCCAAAAGACGAACCAGUUCGUCUAAGGUUCCGAAGGUAGGCACCGGCGAGAGGCUGGCGUCACCCACCGGAACAGACGAAUCAACCAACUACGAAAACACGCCACUCCCUAAAGUACCUAAAACCAAGUCCAAAUCCUUCAAGCUACCGCUGCAACUGACGGGCUCAAAACCGUCCGAAGACUACGAAAACACCGACUUUCACAGUCCGGUUUCACCGAGCUCCCCCUCUCCGAACAGUUCCGCAAUCGCAUCUAGUCCCGCUUCGGAACAGGCAGACAAAUCUCUUCUAGCCAGUAUUAGCAACAGCGAUUCCAGCAACGUGUCGACGUUCCGUAAAAAGUCCAAAAGUGGCAAAUCCCUUCGAUCCAAGCUGCGCAAAAGUCUUCAGUCGGAAUCUAGUCUCAACAUCGGCAGCUCCUUCAAUGGAUCGCGCAGCACCUUCUACGUAACGGACUCGUUGGACGUGGACUCCGGUAUUUUCAACGGCAGCGAACCGAACAGUUCUUCAUCGAACCUGAACGUAUCGACGACCGGCGAGAAGGACCCAUCGGUACUGCAUUCCCCCGUCACCAACAAAGUGAUCGACCGUAAAACACCGGACCAGGACCGACGCAAAUCCACUAACGGCAGUCCGGCCAGUAGACCAACAAUUCCUCCGCCACCGCCACCGGCGAAUGCCACAAAUGGGGAUAAGAAGUUUCUUAAAAACCGAAAACUAGGCGCUACCUCUUGGUACGCCGAGUGUGGAGUGUUCAAAUCUGAAAGCCUCAAACAGGCAUCGAUGGAUUGUGAGCUGAAAAACAAGGAACGCAGUACGACGUCCUGGUACGCCGAAGUGGGUCUGUACCAGACGAGUGGUGUUUCGGUUGCCAGUUCAAGCGAAAGCUCCGGUGUGUCAACCGGUGGUGAAGGAGGCCCAGGAGAUGACCACUCGCACAGCAUGUUCGUCAACGAACCGCUGUACCAGAUCUACAAUGCUGCCAAGUUGGAAUCCCUGACGAGGGACAUCGAUGCGGAGAUUGCCGGAAACACGGAACUGUACGAUGAUGGUUACGAGAAAAUUUCCAAUCACAGCAAAGACGGCGAUCGGAAUGGUUUUGCGGACGAGGAAAUUGGACGCAAACUGCGUCCGAGUGCUUUCGAACUGAUUGAACCGAACGUCGGCAAACUGCGGACGCUCUGGUGCGAGAUACCGGAGGUCAUCAAUUCGCAGAUUUUGUUGACGCUAACCCCCAAUGAAAAGCGACUUCAGGAAGCUAAAUUUGAAAUCCUAACCUCGGAAGCAUCCUACUUGAAGUCGCUCAACCUACUGCGAUCGCACUUCAUCAACCACCCUGCGUUCCGGGACGUAAAAGUGCUGACCUCAUCCGAGCGCAAAACUCUAUUCUCCAACAUCAUUCCGGUGCACGAAUGUUCCGAUCGGUUGCUGUGCGAUCUGGAAAACUGUUGGCAGGAUAACAUCAUGCUGCUCGGGUUGAGCCACAGUAUAUUCAAGCAUGCCGAAAAGCACUUCCACGUGUACGUGAACUACUGUGAAAAUCAGGCCAAGAUCGAUCGCAUGCUGAAGAACCUAAAAGCCAACAAAACCGAAUUCACCAAAACGCUGCUCGAGCUCGAGUCCGACCCGAUUUGCUGCGGGCUGAGUUUGUCUUCCUUCCUUAUGCUGCCCAUGCAGAGGAUCACCCGGAUGAGACUGCUUCUGGAUGCCGUCCUGCAGCGGCUUAAAUGUGAUGACGACGAGUUCGAAAACUGGGAGAAAACUUUCGUCCUAAUUAACCGAAUUCUCACCCAAUGCAACGAUGCCGCUCAUCGGAGCGAGCAAAUGUACGAGAUGGAAAUGAUUUCCCGAAACAUUGAAUUCCCUAGCCACAUCCGACCGCUGGCGGUGGUACCCUGCGGAAUUGGCCCACCCGGCAGUGUGAUACGGAAGCUGGAAAAGCGAGGUGACUUGGUGCACCUGCUGUGGCGAGGAGACGAUGCUAAGCUAACUUUCGGAAAGAAAUUCAGUAAAAGUAAUAUCUACGCCUUUCUGUUUACCGAUUUGCUCGUUUUGGCCAAAAAGAAGGGCGAUGAAACGUACCUAGUCACCGACUACUGUCCUCGCGCUCUGCUUACUGUCACCUCCGGUGAUGUCGUGCCCCAGCUACCGACCAAGGAGAUGCAAGCAAUCGGCAAACAUCUCAUUAUAAUGACGUUGCUGGAAAAUCAUGAGGGAAAGACUGCUGAAAUGAUAUUAAGCUGCCCGUCGGAAACGGAACGGGAACGUUGGCUCAAGGUCACCGAGCCACUGGCGUCGGAAAAUCCGGACGAGAAAAUCUACGAACAGUGGGACUGCCCCCAGGUGAUAGCCGUUCAUCCCUAUCAGGCACUGCAACCGGACGAGCUGGGGCUGGACAUCAAAGACGUCGUUAACGUGCACCGGAAAAUGGCCGACGGCUGGUACGAAGGGGAACGCAUUCGGGACGGUGCCGUCGGUUGGUUUCCCGGCAACUACACCAAGGAGAUCUUUUCGGCGCACAUCCGAGCGAAACAUAUAAAGCAACGGCACAUGCUGCUCUCGUAUACGUCCAAGUAUAUCGACACGACCACAAUGAAGCUGCCGAAAAAAUGAGGAAACCCCCGUUCGAACGUACAUAGUUGUAAAUAAAAUGAUUACAGUGAAUGAUGGUUCAGUCUCAUGUCCCUACAGCCAGUGACUUGAGGCUGAACCAUUUAUCUACUAGCAAAGGCAAUGUAUGUUAAAGUCAACAAGUUUUGUAAUUAAUUUGCUAUGUGUUGGAUUUGAUGUUGUUUUGAAAUAAUCAAGUGUAAAUUUUUGAAAAUAAGAAAAGUACACGAAAAAUAGGUACGUGCAAAUAAGUGUGCAAAACAUAAAUAUAUUUAAAUUAUUUUAAUAGACUCUAUUGUCAAUAAUAGAAUGUGUAGCGAAAAAGGUAACAUCAUGUAAAAAGUUUGGCUAAAGUUUUGAACAAAGUAUUGCAAAGUUUAUGAUCGAAUAGUAUUAUGAAUAAAAAAUACCAAC